CGUGCCUGUGAGUUUUGUCCCUACCUGGCAUCCGUAUCAACUUGGUCAAUCCAAGAUGGCGGCCACCGCAGUCAGAAACGAUCUUAUAGACAAUGACCUUCCCACAGCUGUGCGUCUUCUCAACAGUCUCACAGAACAGGUUGCUUCAGUAACAAGUCAUGUUCGGGACCUGAUAAAGAAAGUCAGAGAGAAAGAGUAUCAGACUUCUAAGGGUUUGUCUUUUUUGGACGUGAAAUAUCAUAUGUUACUGUUUUACCUUCAAGACGUCACCCAUUUGAUCAGUUUGAAGACAGAAGGAGAAAGUCUGAAGGACAACAGCGCUAUCCACAGGCUGGUCACCAUCAGGACGGUUUUAGAGAAGAUGCGUCCCCUUGAUCAAAAGCUGAAGUAUCAGAUUGAUAAAUUAGUGCGGACGGCAGUAACAGGCAGCCUUGCUGAGAAUGACCCUCUACAUUUUCGGCCUAACCCUCAGAAUCUGGUCAGCAAGCUGAGUGAAUCAGAGGACUCUGAUGAUGAAGGCGAAGGAGGAAAACCAAAGGGGCUAAAAGAGCCCUCAUCCAGCAGGAAAUACAUUCCUCCUCGAAUUGCUCCAAUGCAUUAUGAUGGAGACAUGACAGAAGCAGACCGGCAGAAGGAGCAGAUCGACAAACAGAAGAGAGCGGCACUCCGCAGCUCUGUGAUCCAGGAGCUCCGGCAGCAAUACAGCGAUGCUCCUGAGGAGAUCAGAGACCGCAGAGACUUCCAGACCGAACGGGAAAGCAGAGAGGAGAUGAACAGGAAAAACUAUGAGGAGUCCAUGUUGGUGCGUCUCAGUACGCCGCGUGAGCAGAGAUUCAGGAAAAGAGGAAUGGUGGGAAUGACGUCACAGCUGAGCAGCAUCACACGAUUCAGUGACAUCACCGCCCUGACCGGGGGAGAAGCACGGGAUACUGAUAAUCCAAAACCCAAGAAAAAGAAGAAAAUGAUGAAGAAAGGCAAAAAGAAAGGCAAGUAUUUGUUUUGUGUGUUAUGUAAUGUAAAUGCUUUCAAAAAUACAAGUGUCCAGUGUUGUGUAUUAAUAGAUAUUCUAUCUUUUCAGUUGUCAGGAAGCACAAGUAAACCACUGAUGCCAAGAAGACGGUUUAAGAUGAAUUACAACAAAACGAUUCUUUUUAAAAUAAAUAAAUAAAUAAAUCUUCCUUUU